CCGCGCCGCCCUGGCCCGGCCUCUCCUCGCCCGGACGCUCCGGAGCUCAGUUGAGGGCCCCGUCUGGGAGAGCCGCCAACCGGCCUGGUCGUCCCCGCGGGCAGCAGCGCCUUGGCCCCGGCUGGGGACUGCAGGGAGGAGGCACGCCAGGAACUGCCGCGCGCCCCUCCGGGCACUGCACGCCCACCAUGGCCCGCGCGCCCCAGCCUGCAGCCGCCCCAGCCCGGGCGCGGCGGGAAUGAAGCCGGCCCGGCCCGAAAGCGGCUUCCCCCGUCGCCUCUCCUCCCCGCGGCGCUGAAUCCGGAUCCUGCACCGGCUUCGUCCGCCAGAAACCUCGCCGGCCGCAGCCACCCAUGGAGGCGACCACGACGACGCUGCUGCGCCCCGCGGAUUGCAAACCUCCCAGCGGGCGAAGAAUGAAGGCCCGGGCUCCCCCUCCGCCAAACCAGCCUCCUGCUUCUCGUAAAGUGAAUAAUGAACACAGAUUAACCGCAGACGUGGCAGUGCCUCCUGAUCAGGGUGGGAUAAACAUGAAGGAAAACAUGAUUAACAGAACAGUGGACUUUAUGGUAGUUUUUCCAGAUGGAGAAGAGCAGAAGAACUCUGUGCAUGGGAGUAAAGCUGUGAUGGACCUGUUAGUUGACCUGUGCAGUCGGUACCACCUGAAUCCAGCCCACCACACUCUUGAGCUUCAAUCUUGGGAGAGUCCCCAACCGUUGCAGUACACGCCAAAUACGUUGAUAGGGGCACUGGAUGUACAGAAGAUACUUCUCAAAGAGAAGUCUCUGGAAGGAAAGACAAAGAAACCUCCACCCAAGAUUCCAGAGAAAACCAUGAGGCUGGUAGUAAAUUACCUCAAGACCCAAAAGGCAGUGGUUCGAGUGAAUCCCGAGGUGCCCCUUGAGAGUAUAAUCCCAGCCAUUUGUGAAAAAUGUGAGGUCAGUCAGGAACACCUCACCCUCUUGAGAGACACCAUCACUGGGGAGCAGUUGGAACUCACCAAGUCGCUGAACGAACUGGGGAUAAAGGAACUCUAUGCAUGGGACAGAAAAAGAGUUGUCCCAUCAAAAGCUCAAUCUGAACCUUCUCUGAACUGUAGAGAGACAAGAAAUUCAACUAGCUGUGACCCAGUGGAAAAAGAAAAGAAAAGAUUUCUGGGAUUUUUCAGAACUAAUAAAAGAAUCAGUAAGGCAGAAGUGUCCUUGCUGAGGAUGGAUGUGGAUUACGGCAGCGAGGAGCCUUUAAAAUCGACCAGAGCAAGUCAGCAAAGCUUGGAUAGAAUCACAACGGCUCCCAAUUCUCCUUCAGUGAAUUCCUGUUCCAUUACUCUGGGUCCAUCGCUGUCUCUUGGGAACAUCUCAGAACUGACUGCAAGCAGCGAAAUCAAAAAGCGGCGCGCGCCUCUCCCACCAACAGUGAUGCCUCAGAGUGGAGAAGCAAACGGGCAGGAACAAGCAUCCAGUCAGAUGUCUCCAAGUUCAUCACAGAAUGAAUUACAGAAGAAAAAGAGACGCGCACCCCCUCCGCCGACUCCGCCGACUCCGCCGACUCUUCCGAUGCCAAACAGGAUAGAGGAAACGGAGGAUAAGAGGCAAAGCACAGUUGGUGAUGGACGGCUUGUGCCACAAAAGCCUCCUAGAGGCAGCACGCGUGGCCCACCCCAGUUAGUGAUCCCCCCACCCCCACCAUACCCUCCUCCUGACUCAGAUAUGGACCCAGCUGUACUGUACAAUGGAACAGAUGGUACAGACACAACCGAGCUGGUACCUAAAUGUAACGAGCAGAUUUCAAGCGAUAAUCAUUAUAGCUCGGAUGAUCUAGUUCUGGAACAGUCAGAAAUGGAGGAAACCGCCUCUGUUAGCAGCUGCUUUGCCUCAGAGGACACCACGGAAGAUUCAGGUGUUUUGAGCUCUCCUUCCGAUAUUGUGUCGUUGGAUUCCCAAAGCGAUAGCUUGAGGUCGAGGGACAAAUCUGUCAGUGUCCAGGACACAUUGGCCGGAGCAGAGUCCCCGGUCAUUGCAGAAUCUUGCUCUUUAAAGAACGCUUCCUUCAAUUCCGAAGAGUCUGGGAACUUUCACUGCAGCAUGGAAGAGGAUGAAGCGACGGAAACUAAAUCUGAAAAUUCAGAGACAUUCAUUGCUGCACGGCUAGAACAGACGUUGGCUGCCUUCGAUGAAGAACUAGCAGCAAUGGAAGGUUCGCCUGAAGAUUCCGAAAGCGGGUCUCUGCCCAGUGAGACAGACAGUCAUCUUCCACAGAACUGUAAGGCUGCGGACGAUGUUCCAGCUGCUGUGCCAGUGACAAUUAUAGAUGAAGUUCCAGAAGCUGACAUCGCAAUGCACUACUCUGGAGAAGGAGGAGGAGAUGCUUUGCCUUCCCAGACACAGGCAAAUGGAGACGCCCCGGUUAGCCCAGGAAAGCCAUCAAACGAAAACAACAACGCUGGAUCUUUCAGUAAGGGAUGUGUGAACAACGGAUCCCCCUGCCUGUUUAACGGGUUGUUACGACAGCAGUCACCCGGUCCAGAGUUUAGACGCCAAAAUGAAGAAGAGCAGAAAUGCGUGUCUGAGGCGCAACCAUCCUCACGUGAGGAAAGGAACAAGGAUGAGGCAGACCUGGCGGUUGUGCCUGAAAACGCUACUAACUUUGAACCUCCAAACAAAAGCAAUGGCACGAAGGAGAACGUGAAGUCGCUGAGCGAGCGGAACGCCACGGAAGUGCUUCCGAGCAGAACAAACACGGAAUCGGAAUGCAGGCCAGCAUCGGUGAGAUCCGUGGACGGUCUGGAAGCUGCCCCGCCCCCAUCCCCUUGGUCCAGUCGUGUUCACAACGUCAUCGCCAGCUACGAGCCUAAGAUGGGCCUCACCACCUUUAAAGUUGUUCCUCCCAGACCGGAACUGAAACGCUUUGACAGAGACGUGUCUCUCUCCACCGGUGCCAUUAAAAUAGAUGAGCUGGGCAACUUGGUGACUCCAAAUACUGGGGGGACUAGAAAGGUUGCCGUAAACAUGCCUCCAAGCGAAACAGGGGAAACCCUCAUUGGAAGAGCCAGAGCGUACUGGCGGUCCAACUCGGCAGAAAAAACAUUUGAGGAGUCCCCAGUAGGUUAUCCUAACAAACCACCAGUCAUCCCUAAUUCCAAACCCCUAAACAAACCAUCUGAAACGAAACAUGGCUGCCCUAUGAGUCAGAAAGUGGCAGCCGUGCCACUAGUUGGUCCAAAAGUGGUUGGAAAUAACUGGGGCUCUGAAAAAAUAAGGCCAUCCUUUGAUGUCAUACAAGAUCCGGGGAAAUCAACAAUUGUUCCUGCAGGUAACAAGGAUAAGACGGGACUGCUCUUUCAGAAACCCCCGAGAAGAACGUCAAGCCAUUACGUGGCCUCUGCAAUUGCAAAAUCGUUGGAUCCGCCCCAGCUUAGAACCAAUUGGGAAAGACGUGACAAGGAAGAAGACAACUGUGCUCAGAGAGGGACCAACGCCGAAGUGGAAUCCUUCCUGAAAAGACGCAUCAUUGUGGCCAAAUCCUUCUCAGUCGAACCACAGCCAGCAAGAACAAUGGAAGGUUGUUCAGGUAUAUCCAGCUGCAACACAAAUACAGCAAACAAACUACCCAGUGGUUCUCAGUCCCAGAUGACCAACAACACUGCCAACAUGAAGGCACUGAAUGAGACCAGCGCUACUAGUAGCUACAGAAGGAGCUUCAGUGCGCCAUUCACCACAGUCUCUUCUCAAGAUGGCGUCGCAGAAGAAGAGACUGGUAGUGACUCUGCCCAAAAUGCCAUUGUUCGAGAUACAUCAACGAUGCUUUCAAAUGUAUUCUUUCAAAGUGAGGAACCAGCUGGCCAGAAUAAGUCUCUCUCCUUCCUUAGAUCAUUUAAUGCUCCCUUGUCUUCCGGCUCCCUUGCGAAGUCAAGUAGUGGGCAUACCGACCACCGUGGAUCCCUGGAAUGUAACGGUACCACUCUGGUGAACCACGUGGCUUCUGAAACGGGAGAGAGUUUUGACCGUGCCUCUGCCAGGGAUGAACUGGACCUUCACGCCAGCAAUGACAGCAACAUCUACAGCGUCUUUGGGCCAAAGAAGAAGUUUAAACCAGUCAUCCAGAAGCCACCUCCGAAAGACAGGUCACUCCACAGUGCUUUGAUGGAAGCCAUCCAGACGGCAGGAGGACGAGAAAAGCUUCGAAAGAUUUCAGACACGGACAAUGGAACUCAUAAGAAAGCAUCGGUUUCAUUACCAGAGAACGAGCGCUCAGCCCUCCUGGCAGCCAUCCGAGGUCACAGUGGAGCCUCCAUGUUGAGAAAGACCUCUUCAUCUGCUUCUGAAGAGUUGCGGAGCUUCCGAAACGUAGAGUUAAGCUUGCAGAUCAGAGAAGGCUCCCCGACAGAGCAGCAGCGUAAUCCUCCUCUGCCAUCACUCCCGCCGCCGCCGCCGCCGCCGCCGCCACCUCCUGCUCAAUUGUCAACCAAAACUGCUCGGACCUUUACAAGUAGCAAUGUAGAAAACUUGGGUGAUGCGAGGCAGGCCCUUAUGGAAGCUAUCCGUUCGGGCACUGGGGCAGCACGCUUAAGAAAGGUCCCUCUGCUAGUUUGAGCACCGGAUUCUCCAGUUACAUAAUGUCACCCACAUCCUUAUCUGUCAAUUAUGGACGUUUAUAGAGAAAGAAUUCCGAGAAGACGUAUCUAUUUGUUUUCCUUCUGAUUCCAGGCCAAAAGAAGUUGUAGUUUAUCAUCUGCUUGCUCCUUUUAUUUCAUUUUUUUAAUUGGGUCACAGGCUGCUGCACAGCUUUUGUGCCAAGGAUCCAGAGCCACCUCCAAACAGUUAAACCGUUGCCAAUGAAACUAUCCUUACUGGCAGGUUGAUAAGCGUCCAAACACUGUCUUGUCCCAUGUUAACAUGGAAGUGUGUUUUUAGGGACAAAACCAAGCACUUUUUGCUGUGUGUCUGAACCACAACAUUCCUUUGUUCAUCCCGCAGUUUAAAAAACACACAGCUGUUUUGAACCCUUUCAUUGGACGUUACCCCUUUCUUCCUCUUUAAAAACAGAAGCAAUUAAAAUCCUGAAAUGUACACUGUAGCUCUAUAAAAAUUAAUAGCAAGAAAGGAAAAGGUUGCGGUAGAUCCUUAAUGGCUUAAAAUUGCCACAUGUUGAAGUCACCACUUUUAUUAUCAAGCAAAUUUCAUUAUCCUCAGCGUUGGAGCUACCUAAGUAAUCACUGGAGAUCUAAAAGGAACGGACCAUUUGUGAGGUCAUUGUGGGAGGAAUAUGAAGUACAGAAUACUAAUGUACCGAUGUCCUGCACUCCAGGGAAAAGGGGGGAGGGGGGUGAUCUGUAUAGUUAGGGUGCAACUCACCAGGAAGAACCCCCAUGCAAGCAUCUUUGACAGGAAGACUGUGAUUUUCCAGUGCUCCCAGUAACGUCAGUGACGUUUGUACUGGAACACUUCCUGGUGCAUGGUGCUCUUUCUUGGUUACAGAAAUGAUUAUAAGUGCUCUUUAUAUUGCCCUGUGGUGACUUACAGAUGUAUCUUGUUUUCCAAACUGCUGCUAGUGGGUCAGGAUUCCAGUCCUUUCACUCGACUCACACUCAUCCCACAUACUAGAACUGGACCCAGUUCCCAUGGGGCAAAUCCUCAAUGUGUCUAGACCAGGGAUAUCCAACUCUGGCGCUUCAGAUGUUCACGGACUACAAUUCCCAUCUGUCCCUGCUGUCGUGGCAUUUGGCCAUGCCGGCAAGGACCGUUG